AUGCAAAUUUCCGCUUCUUUAUCUCUUUUAACUUUGGUUGCCAUUGCUCAAGCAGCAAAGGAGUUUGGCUUAGUUACUAUUCGUUCUGGUUCCCAAUUACAAUACGCAUCUGUCCUCACUAAGGACAACGACCCAACACUUUAUGUUGGUAGCGGUGGAGAUGCAAGAUUCACCUUGAAUGAUGACGGUUCUUUUGCUGGAAGCGAUGGAAAGAAAUUCGGAUUUACCGAUGCUGGUGUUGCUACUGAAGAGGGAAAUGGAAUCACUGCUUCCACUUCAUUUGGACUUGAUGGCGAAAGCUUGACCUACGAUGGAAAGCAGAUUUACAGAGCUUGUCCAAAUGCAAAUAAAGACGGCUAUGUUAUUUCUAUUAAGGAUUGUACUGAUGGAUUGGGUGUCAUUUUACAUGCAGUUGACAUAAAAGAUGUCGAAUCAAAGGAAGAAGAAUCAAAGGAAGAAGAACCAAAGGAAGAAGAACCAAAGAAAGAUGAACCAAAAGAAGAAGCUCCAAGUGAUGAACCUAGCAAUUUUGGACUCAUAACUAUUCAUUCUGGAAGUAACGUUCACCUUGCCACAGUGAAAAAGGUAGAUUCCCACCCACACGUUUUCUCUGUUGGUGGGGAUGAAGGAAAAGAUUUAACUUUAUCAUUUAAUUCUGACGGUUCGUUGCACGAUCAAGAUGGAAGAGGAGUUUAUGUUGACCCAAACACCGGCGAAAUUGGUAAUGUUGACCCUUGGGGCCAACAAAGUGCAUCAACAGGAUUCUCUGUUGAAAAUGAUGACUUGCAAUUUCAAGGUGGUGACGGUUUCUGGGCUUGCCCAUCUGGUGACAAUAAGUUUUCUUUGUCAAGAAAGGAAUGUACUGGAGGCACCGGUGUUGCCUUACAAGUCGUCAACUAA